AUGGAUGGCCAAUUGACAGAUUUACUGUUCCCAGACGGAAUACCAGAUGAUAUAAAAACUGAUCCAAACAUUAAAAAUUAUUUAGAUCAUCUUGGAAAAUGCACAGCAGAAGAAUUAAGUAAGGAACAUAAGUCAUUAGAAGAAAAAAACACCAUCAUUGUUAAAAUGGUUAAAGAUUUAGCAUUAAAUAACUACAAAACAUUUGUUAAAACUUCACAUUGUUAUGAGUCUGUGUACAAUAAAUUUGAUGAUACACAACAGAAAACUAUCACAUUAGAUAACUAUUUAUUAAAACUUAAAACUGAAUGCCAAGAAAUGUUAAGACAGUGGGCAGAUGUUAAAGAAAAACGGCAUCGUAAUACUUUAGCUAUGGCUUGGAACUCCCGUAUCAUGCAUCAUGCUCUUGAACUUCCACAGCUCAUGUUAUCCUGUAUACAAAAUAAACUGUAUGAAGAUGCACUAAAACUGGCAAAUCAUGCUAGACAUUUACCCAAUAAUGUACCAGCUGUAAAGUUGUUACAUGAUGAAGUAGAAAAGCAUCGUUUAACUUUGAUGUCAGCACUUUGCCAAGAAUUGAGAACCGAUUUAGAAUUACCACUGUGUAUGCGUAUUGUACGACUAUUAAGAACAUUAAACAUAAUAAAUGAAGAACAGUUGGCUGUUAAGUUUUUACAGACUAGAAAUGCAUGGUUUAAUGCUAAAUUAGAAAAUAUUCCUGAUGAGAGCAAUAGCCAACACCUUUUGGAAACUAUUGAGGUAUCACGAUCUUGUCUUUCAAAUAUAGCUACACAAUAUAACCUGAUAUUUUGCUCUGAAGAUAACUCUUCUGAUACUGAAUCAUCAAAACUACAGUUCUAUUAUUCUUGGACUAAUCAAAAGGUAUGUCAAUUUAUUAAUAUACUUAAAAAAGACCUUCCAAACUGUCGACCAUCAUCGUUAGAAACAAUUUUCACACAAUGUAUGUACUUUGGACAGUCAUUGGGACAUAUUGGAGCUGAUUUCAGGGGUCUGAUAGCACCUGUGUUUAUCAAUGUGACUGUAAAAAGAUUUUCAGACUUAUUAAAAAUGACAGAAAUUACUUGGCUAACAGAUUUACAAACAUUUUUAAAAACAAAUAUAAAAAAUGUUAGAAUGAACCAAACUCAUGAUGAAGUAGAUGAUAUACCGUCACCUGUAUUUGAAUAUUAUCCUUUGGCAAAAUUUUGUAAUGGUGUAAUGAGUGCUCUGAAUGACCUAGGAGAGUAUGCUCCAUAUGCAGCUGCCGAUGAAAUUACCAAAUGUUUACAUACUACAUUACAUAAUGCGUCCUGUGCAUUAUUCUCUAUGUAUUACCAAGACGAUUUUAAAAGCUAUAAUGAAGGUGACAAAAAAAUAUUUGGACAACUCUGCAUUUGUUUUUCAACUGAUGUUGUACCAUAUGUACAAAGAUGUUUACACAAAGUGUAUGAACCAGCUAGUAUAGCUGCUUUCAUUGGAGUGACUACAACAUCACUACAGAAAGAGAACCUAACAUACAUUGAUUCAGAAAUUAUUAAUGAACCUAUCAAAGAAUUAUUGGAUGAAUUCGAAAAUAUUACUGUAUUAAAUAACAUACCAACAGAGUAA